CUCGGCGGGGGAGGGAGACGGCAGCAGCAUGGCGGCCGGGCACGAGCCGCGCAGCCCUCCUCUUCCCGGCUGUCGUCGCCGCCACCGCCGCCGCCGCAGUCGCUGGGACCCUUUAGUCUGCGUGUGUUAGUUGUAAGCCCGCUGCCUCCCCGUCAGUCCUCCGGUCUACCCUCUCUCCUUCCUUUCACCGCCACUGCCAGCCCGAGUGUCGGGCCGGCGGGUAACUCCCACUUCCACCCCACCCCACCCACAAACCCGCGGGCCGGGACCAUGGAGGACGUGAAGCUGGAGUUCCCCUCGCUCCCACAGUGCAAAGAAGACGCCGAGGAGUGGACCUACCCUAUGAGACGAGAGAUGCAGGAAAUUUUGCCUGGAUUAUUUUUAGGCCCAUAUUCUUCUGCCAUGAAAAGCAAGCUACCUAUACUACAGAAACAUGGAAUAACUCAUAUAAUAUGUAUAAGACAAAAUAUUGAAGCAAACUUUAUUAAACCCAACUUUCAACAAUUAUUUAGAUAUUUAGUCUUGGAUAUUGCAGAUAAUCCAGUUGAAAAUAUAAUACGUUUUUUCCCCAUGACUAAAGAAUUUAUUGAUGGGAGCUUACAAAGUGGAGGAAAAGUUCUUGUCCAUGGGAAUGCAGGGAUCUCCAGGAGUGCUGCCUUUGUUAUUGCAUACAUUAUGGAAACAUUUGGAAUGAAGUACAGAGAUGCAUUUGCUUACGUUCAAGAAAGAAGAUUUUGUAUUAAUCCUAAUGCUGGAUUUGUCCAUCAGCUUCAGGAAUAUGAAGCCAUCUACCUAGCGAAAUUAACAAUACAGAUGAUGUCGCCACUUCAGAUAGAAAGGUCGUUAUCUGUUCAUUCUGGCACCACAGGCAGUUUGAAGAGAACACAUGAAGAAGAAGAUGAUUUUGGAAACAUGCAAGUGGCGACUGCGCAGAAUGGCUGAUUCAAGAGCAACAGUAUAGAGGAUGUGAAUUUCUAUUUGGGAAGGAGAAAAUACUACAGACAGUAAUAAUAUAAAAUGGUAAAAACACAGUAGUUUCUUUUCAAUUACAUGUUGCUUCCAGAUGUGUUUCUCUGCGACUUGUUGAGCAACAUUUUAAGAUGUCGGAGUUCUGCAAUAGAUGGCACUGAUGGUUUUAUUCUUUUUUUUUUUUUUUAAUUCUUUACAGUUUUAUUAUAAACCAAGAAUUUUGGACUUGCAAAGAGGUAUUAUUGCAAUAAUGCACUUUUCAUACUUGAAAUUUAUUUGUAUGAUAUAAAGUUGUUACUUUAAACAAAAUGCAAGUUAGGGGGGACUUGUUUAUAAAAUCUGGGUAAUUUAUAACAAAAGAAUUUCCUAAAGUUUGCAAAAAUUCAUUUUGUGUUCUACGUAUUACAUUUUAAAAAUAAUUUUACAGUUCAAUUUUAUGAUGGAGCCUCUUACAGAAACAUUAACAAAUGCAGGAAUCUGCCACAUUUCUUUUUUAAUAUAAUUCAGUAGCUUAAUUAUCUUUUAAUUUUUUUAAACUUCUUGAUCCCAUCUUAAUAAUCUUUAAAUCAUGACAUUAGCCAACUGUCCUUACUUUAACAUGAUCCAAGUAUUGCUUCUUUUCCUACUACCUUCCUAAUUUUAUCCUAUAGAAAAAAAAAAGUUUAAU